AAACGUCCAUCGGCAGCAUCCCGUCACAUCCAAGAUGAAGAAAAACGGAAGAACUUUUUGGAACGGAAUCGACAAGCUGCAUUAAAAUGCCGUCAACGAAAGAAAGAGUGGCUGCAAAACUUGCAAACAAGAGUCGAGUAUUUAACGGUAGAUAAUGAACAACUUCAAUUACAAACUAGCUCCCUACGAGAAGAAUUGCUGAAUUUAAAAACAAUAUUAUUGGCACAUAAAGAUUGCCCCAUUGGUCAGGAAGCAAUGUUAAAACUGAUCCAUCGUCCUAUUCCAGGUUUGUCAGCCAUGGGACAGAUCACCCCGCCCUCCACCGCUUCCCCUCAACACGAAUCGGAUCACCCAGCUUCUGCUCCCGAAAACUAA